ACAGAGUAUCGUAGUUUAGGAUUAUUCCUCGAAUAGAGCUGUUCGCUGGUCUUACAUCAUUAUAAUUACCAUUACUCCAUGCUUUGCAGUUAUUUAACAGGGCCAAGAACAUGACCGGCGAGUAUUACGAUUCUCUGUAAUAGCAUUAAACCACGUUCAUCGCGGCUUCUAAAUUGUUAAUACCGUUUAAGAUGUCUCGUAUCACUGCCAAAUGAGACUCGCAAUAACAAUGAGUUGAGUACAAAUUUAUUGAUACAUUAUGGUGACAUCUCAGAAGGCCGCGAGAUUUCAUUCUCCAGUCCAGUCUCUUCAAGUUCGACCCCAAACGAUCUUUCCCCGCCGAUUGCCCCGUCAGCAUCUCUCCAGGUCCUACCAAGGACCCUGAUUGGAUGUAUUUCUCCAGCAGCAAUCCCUCCUAUGUCACCAAUUCCCCAUGGACCCGGAACAGGGAAAGGAAAAGCGUCAGAACCGAAACUAAAGCGCGAGUCGAGCCCGUUAGCAGAGGAACCCUCGCCAGGCGUAGAGAAGAAAGGUCUCGAUGGAGAAUAUUGCCAUGACGUAGUGGUGAGAUAGUGUUUGAUGAGGGAUUUGAAAUCUGAAGAAUGCAGAUGUGGGUCUUUUGGAGCUUUUAUCAGUAAACGAAAUUGCCCCAAAACACGGUGACUUACGGUGCCGGUGAUCUUUUCCUAUGGGUGGAUCCCACUUCAAGGCCGUUGCUUCCACCUCGUUCAUUUCCAAAACACCUGCAAGUUCGUCCAGCCGCUUGGCGAAUGCUUCCGGAUCUGCAUCAGGGUCAUAGAGAUCGGACGAUCCAUCGGACGCAUCGUCGUACGAUUCUUCCACCUCUCCGUCAGCUUCCUCCACAGGGAUACCGGCCAUUUCAGCCUCUCUAUCCAGCGUAGCCUCAUAUCCAUGCUCAAAUGAGGGUCCGUCACCGUUGUCGGCGAUACCAGAUAAAUCUUCAUCACCUUGAAUGACACUUGCGUUUUGAUAGCUGUAGCCCGAGCCAUCAGGAUCAUAGUCGACGCUCACGGGAGACGAAAAUCUCGGAUCGUGGUGUCUAAAACGUAACGAAUUGGUGUGAGCAUUGUUGGAAGCGUUGUGAGAGUUAGCUGUGGACGGGGUGCGGAAAAGGGGGCGUGGGUUUGAUGGACCUGGAAGGGAGAAGAGAGAGUCGCCUUCGUCAAAGAUAUCGUCCGCUGUUCUGUCCAUUGGAAUGGAAGAGAAUUAAUUGAUGGGAGUGCAGUAAGAGUUGAAGAAUCGUGUACACGAAACAAUGGGCUAAGAGUCGGUUGGUACAGUGAAUCGAUAUCGGUGGUUAUUGCAUUUGUAGGGGCCCUUCGUACGUAACAGCAGUCCAGUACAGAAAUCAAAACAACAGGAGGGCGUUAUUUAAGUACGUUAGGGGAGAUUUGUACGUUAUCUAAACUUUAAUAAGCAGAGAGUACGGGGCCCCAGGUAGGUUGGGUGGCGGCUUUGUUAUAAGGCAAGAGCCCGGCAUUCUAUCUCGAACAGCAACCCGCCAGAAACCCCAAGCAUGGAUAUAUAUCAAGCAUCAGACGGUGGCCUAUACAGGCUAGAUGCCUAUCUUGACUCCUACGAUGACAUCGACGCUGUAUACCAAGACGUAUCUGCUGCGACAGGCAUAGCCGAUCACAAUGUCUUACUCUUUCUGGAAGAUGGCAGAGAGCUGAAGAGUGAUGUCCUGUUCGACAUCAAAAAUCAGGCUGGACCCAGCUAUAAUACUGGUCCGCCGAUUAAGGUGUAUAUGUAUAACAGAGAGACUUUUUGGACAGAUGUAGAGACAUGGGCGGUGCAGAUGCAAGAGGAUGUGCAGCUGCCCCCUCCUUUGGACCUGUCCAGCUUCAAUGGGAUUCAACACCCUUUUCUUGUAGCUCACGACCAUCUGUCGCACCUGAAAUCUCUAUCCGAUACCCAGUCUAAAGCACUGCAGAUCGCUUAUGCCAACUUGUCGCAGCACCUCCAACCGCUCGUGGACGAAUUUCAGUCAUUCGCCUCUAGAGUGGAGGCAAGCUUCAAAACAGAAGAAGAACUGAUAAAGAGUUCAAAAUUAGAUAUGGCCCUGUUACCAAAGCUUGUGAUCAAUCCAGCGCUUUUGAAGAAAAAGGAUGACGAGGGAAAGGUCAGGACGAUGGGUGACUAUGUGAAUGCGAAAAAGAUGGAGCAAGUAAGGGAGAGUUGUCGAGUUCUACAUGUGGAAAAUGUCGAUCGGUUUAAUUCGCUUGCUGCUAGUUUGGAUGGUCUUGUCUCGCAAUCCGAAGCUGAAACGGCGGCAUUUAACGACAGAUCGGCCGAAAUUGAAAAUGAGUUCGCAGAGGGGCUAGCUAGACUAGAGGUGGCACUCGGACAACUAUCACAGCUCUCGGGAAGUGGUACAGCCGAUGUUCACCAAGAUUUCGUGGAACUCGAUCAAGCCAUGCGGGAUGACCUUGUCGCGCUAACAGCAGUCAAGAACGAGUUCACAUUCGACAUUCAUCUCCAUCUUCGCCAAGUUGCCCAUUUCCAAUCCCAGAUUCACGAACUCAUUGAACCCCUCCGCAAGUUCGACGCUGAUCUUCUGGCCUCCAAGGAUCGGUCAGCCUUCCCCCACCUCUACCGUUUACACCAAAUCCCCUUUGCGUACGCCGCUGCCGUUUCGGAAGUCGUGCGACGUAGAGAUUUUGGGCAGAUGUUGACAGAAUGGACCAAGAGGCUGAGAGGGACACUGAAUACUUUUACGCAGGUGGAGGCGAAACGCAGAGAACAGGUAAACAAGGAGUCACUGUCUCAGCUGCCGUUCAGCGUGCCUGUGUUAAGUGAAACACAGGGGCCAAAAAUAGAAGUAACAUUAGUUACGGGUGUAGAAGGGUUAGGCAAUAAGGCCUUCGGAUAUGAGGAAGUCGAGAAACUGGCAUCGUGGCUAGAGCAAAUGAGGAACGAUCCUGAGGUCAUCGCGAACAUGGAAGAAGGGGAUGCAGAGAGACUCCAGGCGAUGCAAACUAGCAUCGAAGGACUCAUUAUGAAGUUCGAUACUACUGCCGAUGAGCUUGACAGGAUGGUGGAGCAAGGAGUGUUUCAACCUAAGAGUCAAUCUCGUUCUGCAAGCAGCUCUCGCGCAAUGCUGCACCUAUCCUCUCAACUGCGUGCUGUAAAUAAAGACAAGACUGUAUACGAAAAGCGCCUUCAAGAGCUCGAAGAGUCACAUCAAAAUCAUCUUAAGCAGUUAACUGAGCAGCAUGAAAAGCGUGAACAGGCCCUCCAAAUGCGGCAAGGCGAACUUCAAGAGGAACUCGCCCGUCUGCGCACUGAUUUAAGCGACGAGAUGUUGGCCAGGCAAGCGCUUUCGGCUGAGCUAGAAGAAAAGACCAGAGAGCAAGAGGAUCAAAAGGACCAAAUGGAUAUGUUGGCUGGAUUACAAGCCGAACUCACACAAGAAAAGGAUCGGGCGACGGAUCUUGGAGUGAGGUUACAGGAAGCUCUAAUGGAUGUCGACGGCCUGAAGAUUGCGGAGCAAACAUUGAUCACUCAAUUGCAGGAGCUUCAGGAGGAACGUAAAAAGGCCUUGGAGGGUGAGAAGGAGGCGCAGGCGAUGGUGAAGAAUCUCGAAUCACAAUUGGCAGGCAUAAAAGCUGAGCUGGAGGCAGUGACGGGUCAAUUGACCCAAGCCCAAGAGGAUAGAGAGGCGGCGCUCAGGAAUCAAUCAGCAGAAGCUGACAAGCUCAUGCGUGAUCGAAUCGCGGAAGCUGAUGGUGACCGGGCAGUUCUCGAACAUCAGCACCUCACUCUCACUAGAGAGCUUGACAAUCUCAAACUUGAAACGGAGAAAAAAUUAUCGGCUGCACAGAAUACAGCUAUUCGCCAAGUGGAUGGGCUGAAGGCUGAGCUAUCUCUCACGAAAGCACAAAUGAGAGAAUUGCAGCGCAAGGAAUUGACGUUGACCGAUGAGUUGGCAGUCGUUAGAGAUACCAUGAGAGUGUUAAGCCAAGAGAAGGGGCAUGGGGCAGAACAUGCACGGGAGGCUGUUAGCUUGGUAACAAGAUACUAUGAAGCGUGUCAGAGGCUGUUGCAUGCGAUCAACACCUCUACCACCAUAUCCGGCUCGGCAGCGCAGCCUCGGUCCCACUCUCCCCAGCCUCUCAACCAACCUCCAUCCAAACCGCAAAUCAGCCCUCCGUCGAACCAAGCUGCAUCCACUUCGCUUUCGACAUCAAGCAAAGACGAAAUGCGCGAAAGCGUGAGCUUGGUCGCCGCUCAAGGUUUUGACCUUGUAGAAUUCACUGAAGCUGUCACAAAGACGAUCGGCUUAGUGAAAAAGUGGUCGAAAAGCUGCAGACAGUAUAGGGAUCAGGCGAGAAAUAAGAUUUCGUUCACGAAUUUUGCAAAAGGAGAUUUAGCAUUGUUUUUGCCCACAAGAAAUACAGCUUCCAGAUCUUGGGCGGCAUUUAAUAUCUCGGCACCUCAUAACUUCCUGAGAGUUGACGACAUACUGCAGGAGCAACUCAAGAGCCGUGAAUGGAUUAUUGCUCGAAUCGUCAAGACCGACGAGGCUGUGGCUAGCGGCGGCGAGUCCCUAGAGACGAAUCCCUUCGGCCUUGCUGAUGGCCUUCGUUACUGUGUUCAUACUGUGGAGGAAUAUAACAUCGGCACUUCUCGCCCUUAUCGCCGCAACGUGUCGUCAAGUUUCACCGACAGUCAGAUUAUACCUUCUUCUCGCCGCUCGCGAUCGAGCGGGGGGGGGAAUGCUUUCAAGAAUGCGGGUAUGACAUCGAUCAGAGAUGGACCAGGGCAAGCUGAGAUGCAGGGUGAAUAUUUUCCGCCGAUGAGGGAGAUGGGAGAAGAUGUUUCGAUAUCAGAGACAACAGAGCAAAAGGUGGGAAGCGUAGGCGAUGGCCAAAAUAAUAGCCAAGACCCUUCGUCAACAGCGGGCAGCCUUCAGCCUUCCUUAGAGUCAUCCCCUGUCAAAGCUGUUCCCUCACUACCCUGGCCUUCUCUACCUUCUUCUAAUGUCGGCCAAGAGGGCAGGAUGCCUAUUUCGUCCGAUCAUAUUUCCAAAACCAUAACACCGCCCCCUUCUGCCGUUACGUCCCAGAUUCAGUCACUUGGUCGCAUAUCCAGCCGAUCCCUAAAAGACAGCUCAUCCACUCUUGGUCACCCGACAUCUUCACCGUCGCGCGGAGAGUAUCCAUCGUCCUUGAAUCCUGCGAACUUCACCGCAAGGCCGCCAUCUGUGGCGUCGAGCAACUCAUCUUAUCCCAGGGGCAUAGGACUUGGUCCGGGACCAGGCGGGAAGGCGACGCCUGCACCGGCAAUGACUGUAACGACAUCGCAUGAUAAAGGAGGUGAGGCCUUACUUGAUGGCACACAAUCCCCCUCUCGUAUGACGAGCCCAGCCUCCGAAGCACCUUCAUCUCCUGAAAAAGGAAAGAAGACUCAUAAUCCAAGAGCUAGUCCGUCGAACUUCAAUGCCCUCGGUACGACUCCUGGAGACACGCCAGGCGGAAAUCCUGCUAUACUUUCGGGUUUGGCGACCCUGGGCAAAAGAAGAGAGUCAAAGUCAAGUAUCCAGUCGGACGGGAAAGUCAGUGCGAUCGAUAUUUUGAGGAAAAUAGAUAAAAGUUCAGGAAGUAAUUUGAAAGACGGAGAUAUGUAGUUGGAGUACUAUUGCGACUGGAACGUGAAAACGCAAUGAGAUACAAACAAUCACUAUAUGACAAAUUGCAUAUGUGUACGUGUUUGCUUGCCAGCAUAGUUUUUGAAUCCAUGUCCCAUCUGUUCACAACGAUACUAGUCGUUAUCUACAGAAUCCCCUCUUUCUAGCUCUCUUCCUGGCUUAAACGUCUACGGCAUCUAGAACAUCUGUCCUUUCUUCCUCAUCACUUCCAACAUGAUCCGGGCCAUGGGAAAGCGGCAAGAGGUUCCCUUCAUCAUCCUCAUAAUGCACACCUAUAACAUCUUCUUCCUCUACCCACUCGGGAUCGUCAUAAAUGAUCCUUUCGUCAUCUGGUAGCAUGUCCUCCCUAUCCACUUCAAUGUAGCCUUCUAAUCCGGGUGGCCUGGAGGGCGCGGUUCUAACAAACUCCACCUUAUCUUCUUCUACCUUAUCGGGCCGAGUAGGGUCUGCAGAAGUCUUGAAGAAAUCAGGAUUAAUGUUAUCUUCCUCAUACGCUGCUUUCAAUUCAUCAAGUGUUGAACCGAAGAGAAUGGCGAGUAAAAGUUGAAGAAUAUACUGUCAAUUGAUACCGUCAAUGAGUGUUCUCAGUGUGUGCAAAAGCAGGUAGGGCUCACAAAAGCAUCGUUGCCGGCAUUACCGACAAAAGUUGGUUUUCUACGUUCAUCACUAUUGCCGAACACAACCAGCGCAGCGUGUUGAAGACUCUUCUUCGAGCGUCCUGCGAUGACUAGAGGAUGAGGAUUGGACGGAGAAGGCGGCAGGUAGGAAGAUUCUACCCCCUCAAUAGCACCAAAGAGAGUUGCGGUGUUCUAAUACAGGCAUGGUUAUUAGAAACGAACGAUACAAAGGCAGAAUAUUAACUAUGAUACGUACAACCAUGUAGACUGCGUUGGAGGCAUUGGGAUCCUCAUCAGGUAAAAUCUCCUGGGUAUCCGGAUGGAGAUCAGGAUCGGCGGUAGUAAUGUCUAAGCCUACAUCACAAAAAUCAUGUUCUUCACCUUUGGGAGUAUGUGUGACUAUGACUGUGUAAUAUCAGCUAUGUGGUACCUUAUAUUGACCACCGAAAAAACAGAAAGCAUACAGAUGGGCCCCUUUCCACCCUUUUUCCAGAUAUCUUGAAGUUUUGCCUUGAGGGUCUGCUUCAACUCAUUCUUGGGCACUGGAAUCGAAUCCCCAUAACAAUACUUGUCACGAUAAUCGGGGCGUGUCUCUCCGUUGUGCUUGUCCAGUAUGUGGUCUUGCACACUUCGUUGCACGCACGUCAGAUCCUGGUCACACAUUCCUAUAGGAUACACUCACAUGAUAUGGCCAUAGUCUCUCAUUUCUUCAAAUUCAGGCUUCGUAUGGAGCGCGUCAGGAGGGCCAUACCAUUUAUCCUCCUGCCAGUAAAUAGCUGACCAUCCAACUUCAAGUACUACUUUGGGAUCUUUCUCCCACCUUGUCACGCUCAGAGCCACAAAAACAGUUCGCCCAAGGUGUGAAGGCUUUUCCAAUUUGUUUACCUUCUUUUCUUCUUCUUCCAAUACGCCGUCCGCGUCCUCCCCUUGCUGGGGUUCAUUUUCCUCGGAAUCGAAAUAUUUCCAUCCGCCAUACAUAGCAAUGAUAAGCGCUCGUUGACAAGCAUUGUGGUACCGGGCAGAGACCUUAUCGUGAUCUUGUCGUUCGUCUUCGUCUACAAAGUUGGCAGAAGAAUCAUUGGCUUCGCCGUCCAUGAACUCGGCAGCUUUGUCUAAUGCCUCUUCCAUCAAAUCUCGCUCUCGUUCAGCCCUUUGCUCCCGCUCAAUUGCCUCGCGCUCCAUCUCUUCGCGGUGUUUCCUCACUCUCUCCUCUUGUUCUCUCCAAUCUGCCUCGUCCUGCCUUCUUUUCUCCUCUUGCUCUUUCUGAGCUCGGAGUUUCACUGUCAUUUUUCCCUCGUCCUUUUCAUCCUGUAUCUGCAUGCCCUUCUCCUUCUCUUUCUCCUGGUCGGGAUUGGCAUUCGGAUCAGGAACGGGCAAACUGAGAAUGGCGUCAAAGCGUUUGGGGUCAAAAACCGGGAGCGGCAUGCCGUUUCGCUCAUGCCUUUCAGCAAGUUUGGAAUCCUUCUCAAGCUGCUUGUUGAUUUUCCCGAGGUGAAAGUGACUUUGGACAUAAAUUUCUUCCUUUGAACGGUCGUGGCAUCAGUACUUUGCAGAUUGCAAGUAGAGUAAGGCAUACAAUUUUGAUGAACAACCCAGCAGGCAAAACCAUGUCCGGAAUCGGUACCCAGUCAUCCUUCCCAUCUUCGUAACUGGGUUCACCCAUUUCUUCAAGCUCAGUCAGCGAUUCUUGACUUCCAUCGGCUAUAAGUUCCGCGCGUCGUUGAUAAUAUUCAACCCAGGAAGGAGUACUUAGACGCAUGGC